CUUCGGCGCAUGAAAGCACGUUCCAAUCCAAAGUCCAAUUCCCCCACUCUCUUCAAACAACGCGGUGCACGUCUCUCUAACCGUUACUCACUUCCUCCAUCUUCUUCUAAAUAUUAGACUCAUCUUUUUUUCAGUUUUAAAUCAAAUUCCUGAUUUUUCCAUUUGAAAACAAAUCAUCUUCACACGAAAUAGCCAAAGAAAAUAAUUGAAACACACAAUCCAUAGUAUAUCAGUCAGCAGAAUUUUAUUAUUACUGUAACAAAUAAUGAAUGAUAUAUUCAAAACUGACCCAUAAACAAAUAUAGUUAACAAAGGUGAUAAACUUUUUAGUCAAACUGUGAUUGAAGACUACUUCUUGAUCAACCAUAAAUAUUGAUUUUUUUCUCUUUUGGCUCUGCAUUCACGCGCCAUAUAUUCUGAAACUCACCCAUCAAGUAAGGCUUAGCGAAGGGGCCAAUGAAAAUUCCUUGCAUGCCACCCUUCAGAGUUUACAAAGUUGUCAUCUUUCUCUGUCUUUUCUCAUCAGUCUUCACAAGUUCAACCGUUAUUACAGGAACACCACUCACCCAAAUUCUAGAAUUUCAGAAUUUGAAUUUCCUCUGUCUAUACUCAAUUUGAUGUCUUCUAAGAGGACCCCACAGCAAUACGUGGAAGCCAUGCCGGAGUUGGAAACUUUAAGGAGGGUGAAACGUUUAAGGUUGUUUGAACCGUCGGUUAGUGUUGCUGGGUUUUCUCUGGUAUCUGCCUUUGUUGUAUGGAGCUUCUUCUACUUGGAUUAUAAGGAACUCGCUGGAAGGUUCGGGUUCUCGGGUCAAUCUGAGAGGGUUACUUGGUCGCACCAGAAAAGUGGUUCAGUAGAGGGACGUGCGCAUAGAGUUGAGUUUCUUGGAGAAAAGGGUGGUGGGUGUGAUUUGUUUGAGGGUAACUGGGUUUGGGAUGAAAGUUACCCUUUGUAUGAGUCAAAAGAUUGUAGCUUCCUUGAUCGGGGAUUUCGGUGUUCGGAGAAUGGAAGACCUGAUUUGUUUUAUACAAAGUGGAGGUGGCAACCCAAAACUUGCAACUUGCCCAGAUUGAAUGCAACAACCAUGUUAGAAAAACUGCGAAACAAGCGCCUGGUAUUUGCUGGGGACUCAAUUGGGAGAAACCAAUGGGAGUCACUAUUAUGCAUGCUCUCUGCUGGUGUUCCUAACAAGGAUUCAAUCUACGAAGUGAAUGGUAGCCCAAUUACAAAGCACAAGGGGUUCUUGGUGUUUAGAUUCAAGGAUUAUAACUGUACAGUGGAAUACUACAGAGCUCCAUUUCUUGUAUUGCAAAGCCGGCCUCCUCCUAAAACUAAUGAAAAGAUUAGAACAACCCUGAAGUUGGAUCAGAUGGAUUGGUACUCUUCGAAAUGGAGAGAUGCAGAUGUUUUGGUUCUUAACACAGGGCACUGGUGGAAUUAUGAGAAAACCAUAAAAGGGGGCUGUUAUUUCCAAGAAGGGUUGGAAGUGAAGUUGGAAAUGAAGGUAGAAGAAGCGUAUAAGAAGUCCAUUGAAACAGUGUUGAACUGGAUACAAAAUUCAGUAAAUGCUAGGAAGACUCAAGUUUUCUUUCGCACUUAUGCCCCUGUGCAUUUCAGAGGUGGUGAUUGGAGAAAAGGUGGAAGCUGUCAUUUGGAAACACUACCAGAGCAUGGCUCCUCGUUGGUGCCUAAGGAUAACUGGUCGCAAUUCAAAAUAGCCAAUUCUGUGCUAUUAGCACAUACAUAUACCAGUGAAGUUUUGAAGUUCAAGAUAUUGAAUGUAACUCAGAUGACGGCUCAGAGAAAAGAUGGUCAUUCAUCCAUAUAUUAUCUGGACCCAAAUGCAGACCCAACACCUCUCCAUCGCCAAGAUUGCAGCCACUGGUGUCUCCCUGGUGUACCAGAUGCUUGGAAUGAGCUACUCUACGCAUUGUUCAUGAAACAUGAAACUUCUCAUACACAAAACUAGCAAUACACAUGUCAAGCAUAUACAUAUAGCAUUUUAUUUGUACUGUAUAGAUUCGUGGAAUAUAUUUUUUGCAUUACAAAGGCAAAUGAAUAUACCAAUUGC